GGAGUGACGUCAUCAGUGCGCGCCUGUACUGUGUACCCGGAAGUGUCUCCUCUAUGCGGUCCGAUCAGUGUUCCCCCGGGGGGCCCCUAAUGUCUGUGCGGACCCGGGGCCCCCUCACCCCCCGCCGCCUUCUACUCAGCACCCCCUGCGGGGUCAUGGCUGUGGGGGAGGAGUGGCCAAACAGGAGAUCUCAGGGGGCGGGACUGGGCCCCCAGCAGUGGGUGGAGAGGCAGAAGUUGGGGUGUAUAGGUGUGAUUGGAGGGAAGGAUUAUGGGGGUGCCCCGGAUUUGGCGGAGUGCUCCCCGGUGGUCUCCAGCUUUGCUCGGGGGGCGUGUCCUUCGAGGGUCCGGGUGGCGGCGGUGGAUGCGGAGUCCUUGGUGAGGGCGGGGGUUCUGCAGGAAGUGGGGGAUCCCCCGGAUCGCGGCUCGGCCCUCUGGGUGAGUAAGAAGCAGCUGCGGGAUUUGGGUUUGUAUCACCGGGAGUGGGUGAUAGUGACUUCCCCUGGAGCGCCCCCAAACCACGGAGCGCCCCCGCACCACGGAGCGCCCCCAAACCACGGAGCGCCCCCAAACCACGGAGCGCCCCCAAACCCCGGAGCGCCCCCGCACCACGGAGCGCCCCCAAACCCCGGAGCGCCCCCGCACCACGGAGCGCCCCCGCACCACGGAGCGCCCCCAAACCCCGGAGCGCCCCCAAACCCCGGAGCGCCCCCGCACCACGGAGCGCCCCGGCACCUCGCCGUUAUCCUGGCGGCAGAGCUGUGCUUGGGGCACCCCCAGAAAUACAGCCACCUGCUGAGUGGAAGGCGGGGUCCCCCAGACCCUGGGACCGCCCUCAUCUCCGCCCCCCUCAGCUUCAACCUGACGUCUGGAAACGGGGCGCUGAGCGAGGUGCUUAUAGAGCGUUUCUGCUCGGCGCUGACGGCAGGAAGUCGAUCGUCUCUGGCGGCUCCUCCCUUUGCGAAGGAGCUCUAUAUACAGAUCGUUCGCUCGCCUCUUUAUAACAGUGAAGCUUCGUACCAGGCGGCUCUGUGCCGGCAUUUCCACACCACCAGGGCGGUCCAGGCUGGAGAUGUUCUCUGUGUCUCGGGUCUCUCACACGCCGAUUUCCUCCACAACAAAUCUCCCAUCCCGGUCAGGUGUCCUGACCUGUACUUCAAGGUGUGCCGGAUAGAAGGACAGAAGGGAGCGCGCCCGAAUGUUGGAUAUCUCGCUGACACCAAUCACACCACACUCUACCAGGUGGGAACCACCCACAGCUAUGUGCCCUCCUUCCCUUCCCGGGAUGGUCAUGUCUUCUGGAGCAGUCUGUUCCCGGCGGGUCUCUCGCAUGUCGUGGAUGAUCUGUGCCGAUUGCUCCAACCUCAUGUACAAAACAGCGGCCAUGUUGUUGGAGCCGGAGGUCGGGUCCUCCUGGGCGGACCGGCAGGCAGUGGGAAAGCGAUGGUGGUGAGAGCCGCAUGCAGUCGCCUUCAUUUACAUCUCUUCCAGGUUGAGUGCGGCCGGCUGUGCAGGGAGAACAGCGCCGGAAUGGUGACUCGCCUUCGCUCGCUCUUCUCCCAGGCUGGUGAUUGUCGUCCCUGCGUUCUUCUCCUCUGCCAUGUGGAUGUCCUCGGGAGAGAGCGAGACGGCUCUGGAGAGGACACCCGGGUCACCUCCGCUCUGAGCAACCUCCUGCUGGACUCCACAUUCAGGGAUUGGCCAGUGAUUGUUAUCGGUACUUCUUGUCGCCCCGGAGACGUUUCCUUGGACUUGCAGUCGUGUUUUAUCCAUGAAGUUUCCCUUCCCGCGCCAUCAGAGGAUCAGCGGCUGUCCAUGCUCACGGCCCUCAGCGCUCCGCUCACACUGACCAGAGAUGUGAAGCUCCCCCUGCUGGCUCGUAAGACUGCGGGCUUUGUCCUCGGAGAUCUCUGCACCCUACUGGCCACCGCUGGGCGCAACGCCUGUACUAGGAUCCGAAAAUCAUGCGCUCUCACACAGGAGGAUGAAGAGGAUCUUUUAGCUUCCGGUUUUCCGAUCACCUCAAAGGAUUUGGAAAGCGCCCUCUCUGAGCUGCAGAAUUCUCAUUCUCAAGCCAUUGGCGCCCCAAAGGUCCCUUCAGUGCGUUGGAAGGAUGUUGGAGGACUUAAUGAAGCAAAGCGUCAGCUCUUGGACACAGUACAACUUCCUCUUGAGCACCCUGAGAUUCUUUCCCUAGGUCUUCGUAGGUCUGGAGUCUUACUUUAUGGGCCCCCGGGAACUGGGAAAACUUUGCUUGCUAAAGCUGUGGCCACUGAAUGUGCCAUGACAUUCCUCAGUGUGAAAGGGCCGGAGCUCAUCAACAUGUAUGUGGGCCAGAGCGAGGAGAACGUCCGAGAGGUAUUUUCCCGCGCUCGGGCGGCCGCCCCGUGUAUUAUAUUCUUUGAUGAGUUGGACUCGUUGGCUCCCAACCGUGGAAGGAGCGGAGAUUCCGGAGGCGUCAUGGACCGGGUGGUGUCGCAGUUGCUGGCGGAGAUGGACGGAUUGCACUCCUCUAAUGAUGUCUUUGUGAUCGGAGCCACGAAUCGGCCGGAUCUCUUGGACUCGGCUCUUCUACGACCGGGGAGGUUCGAUCGAUUGGUUUAUGUCGGCAUUAAUGAGAGUCGGGAGUCCCAGCUGCGGGUCCUGGAAGCCGUAACACACAAGUUCUGUUUGGACCCAGCAGUGGAAUUGUCUCUCGUAUUAGAAUACUGUCCACCUGCCCUGACCGGAGCGGACCUCUACGCUCUGUGUGCAGACGCCAUGAUGGCGGCCAUAAAAGAGAAGGUUCAACGCCUUCAGGAAGGAUCCGAGGAACUUUCUACGGAGCUGGUCCUACGAAUGGAACAUUUUCUGCAGGCCGCCGAUCGUCUUCAACCAUCCGUGUCCCAGCAGGAGUUGCAGCGCUAUGAGAAGAUCCGGGCGCAGUUCUCGGCUCCUCCCAACUCAUAGGAGACAUUUUCUCUGCUGAUUCCUAAUAAUUACAUUGUAACUCCAUGCAAAGCAUUACAUACAUAGACCACACCUUCCCUUUCUCAUGUCGGGGGAAGGGUCCAGCUUUGGUGAUUUAGUGGAUGGCAGGGGGCCCCAAACUGCAACUCUUCGCCGGCCCAUGGGGCACAAUUCCUCCCGACCAAUAAUGGGGCACAAUUCCUCCCACUGACACCAUUAUUGGGGCGCAAUUCCUC